ACCUUACCGCCAUUAAAGAAAGGCAAAAAAGACAGCGGACGAAUAAAGGGUGGUAAUUGCUAUGCAAAUGUAGCUCCUUGCACGGUCCGGUUUCUUAUUUCUGUUAUUCCUCACUUCAGCUUAUUUCCGGGAUUUGGAAGCAGUUUCCUCUGAGAUCUACAACUGGUGUUGAUGCUCAAAUAGGUUCAAAACUUGUAGUUUCAUGCCAUUCUGAUUGCUAAUUCAAAUUUUUCUAUAUUAGAUUGCUAAACAACUUAAAAGGAGUGCAAAGUGUAUGUCAUUGAUAUGGGAGAUGUGGCCAAAGAUCUUGCUGCUGGAACCACUGGGGGAGCAGCUUUAUUGAUAUGUGGACACCCAUUUGAUACAAUUAAGGUCAAGCUCCAAAGCCAACCUGUUCCCCUUCCUGGCCUUCGUCCCAAGUAUUCUGGAGCGAUGGAUGCUCUCAGACAAACCUUAGCUUCAGAAGGCCCAAGAGGUUUGUACAAAGGUAUGGGAGCUCCGUUGGCUACAGUUGCUGCACAAAAUGCCGUUCUCUUCACUGUCAGGGGACAACUAGAGUCCUUUUUUAGGACUUAUCCUGGCGCCUCCCUUGAAGUUAAGCAACAAGUGGUUUGUGGGGCUGGGGCUGGCAUUGCUGUCUCUCUUGUAGCUUGUCCAACUGAGUUGAUUAAGUGCAGACUACAAGCUCAGAGUACAUUAGCAACAUCCAAUUCAGUUGGUGUGGCAGUGAAGUAUGGUGGUCCAAUGGAUGUAGCCAAGCAUGUUCUAAAAUCACAUGGAAUAAAUGGUCUUUUCAAGGGUAUGGUUCCAACUUUGGCAAGAGAGGUGCCCGGGAAUGCAGUGGUUUUUGGCGUAUAUGAACUGCUAAAACAGCACUUUGCAGGAGGUCGAAACACUUCUAAUCUUGGAAGAGGGUCUCUGAUGGUGGCUGGGGGUGUAUCUGGAGCUGCCUACUGGCUAGCUGUGUAUCCAACCGAUGUGAUCAAAAGUGUGAUUCAAGUGGAUGAUUUCAAGAACCCAAAAUUCUCUGGUUCUAUGGAUGCUUUUAGAAAAAUCUUGGCCUUAGAAGGAGUUCAAGGCCUAUACAAAGGUUUUGGACCUGCCAUGCUUCGAAGUGUCCCAGCUAAUGCAGCAUGCUUCUUAGUAUAUGAAAUCACCAGAUCCAGUUUAGGCUAAUUAAACAUUUCUUUUGGAACUUCUUCUUCUCUAUGUCUGAAUAAUGCAUAUUGGUUAUACGCUAUCUAACCAAAGAUAAAACUCAACUCAUUAACCCUUUCAUUUCA